UUCCCUACUUUGCAACCCUGGUUGACAGACUGCGAAAAAUUCUGAGGGCAUUUUUUAGUCCGCAUUAAUUUGGUUUGAAAAAAAGUUCUUUUAAUAAGUAGCUUAGAGGGUCCAUCGACUUGGUGACUCCGGGUAAGCAAAAGUCAAAAUGGACUACCGCCAACUGAAGAAUGACGCCUACGGAAUUGGCCAGCGUCGCGGAAUGGGGAACUCGAGUGGAAAAGGAGGAGCAUAUUCCCAAAACUUUGGUGGUGGCGGCAAUUACGGCAGCAGAGGGAAUCCUGGAGGUGGAGGCUACGGCGCUAAUCGGAAUUCCAGUCCGGAUGGCGGUAACUUCAAUCGCGGUGGCUACAACAACAACUAUUCACGUUCCGGAGACUCCGGCUUUAAUCCAAAAAAUCAGCGCUUUGGCGGCAAUUCUGGCGAUGAUUUCCAAGGCAACUUUCGUGGUCAGUCCUCAAAUUUUGAUGAACCCAAAAUUCAGGCUUCCUUCGACAAUGGACCAUCUUUUGGGGGCAAUAAUGGCCCUGCAUAUGGAGGAAACAAUGGUCCUUCCUUUGGAGGAAACGAUGGCCGUUCCUUUGCAGAAAAAAAUCCACGCAACCAGGGAAACUUCAACAAUGACAACUUUCCCCAAGGAGGAUCAAACUUCGAUGACCGGCGCUCUGGUUUCAAUGAUUCCUACGGACGCGGGGGAAACCAAAGCAAUUUCGGCCAGAACUCUGGGAACUUCGACAACAACCGCGAUGUGGGAAACUUUAACAAUCGCGGACCAGGAGAUCAAGGAUUCAACCAAAAUUCGGGAGGCAAUUACACGAACAACAAUUCAGGAGGCGGCUUCAGCAACAAUAUCAGUCGCUCAUUCAACGAGUCUCGCAACAACAGCAGCUGGAACAACUCGGCAUCGCAGUCUUCUUCGUUCCAAAGCUCUGGAUAUCAGUCCUCGGGUGGUGGAGGAGGUGGCGGCGUAGGAGCUGGUGGUGGAGGCUGGGAGGCCAGUCAGCGCGCCUUCAACUCUAAGCGCAAUCAGCUGCAGAAGAUGAACCUGAACAAUGGCGGCUCCGUUCGUAAGCCAGGACCACAGCCCUCUGCGAAGGCAGUCCAGAAUUUGCGCAAAAAUCCCCGAGCUGCUGCCGCAAUUGUCAACGCUGCGGGCAGAAACAAUGUCGCAAACACAAGGAACAUUCAGCCAAACAAACCGGGCAACGUGCGUCCGGAAAUCACAGGCGGAGUCCAAAAGAAACUGCCCAUUGCGGCACCCAAUCAGUAUAAGGUGAACAACCUGGCUCCCAAGCCGAAAACUGCCGUGGUGGCCAACAAGAAACCACCGGUCGCUGGACAAGUUGUAAGAAAUGGACCACCGGCAGUAAAAACACAGGGACAGAGGACUGGACCGCAAACAAUUACAACUGGGCCACAGACAGGUAGACCUGGCCAGCAGCCAGAGCGAAGUGGUCAACACGAUGGCAAACCAGCCGUAGUGGCCCAAAAGCCACCGAUUGCUCCAGGACUACCUCCACAAGUCGGCCAGAAGCUGGUUGCACCCGCUCCACAAAACAAAUCCAAUCAGCCGGCAAUCCAAGCUAAGAAGACCACUCCUGGUGCACAGGAACCUGGUCAACAGAUAAACAAAGUCAAAUCACGUGCUGGUAGGGGUAAGGCUAAGAAAGCAAACCCCAAUCGCCAAAGGGUGGUGUCAGGCCAGAGCUUUAUUAUAGCCGGAAUUCGCCUGCCCUACAUCAACAAUCAUCACAGGGAACUGCCGCAACCAGAGGAGGAAUCCUUUGCAGUGACUUUCUUUAAGCAGAGACCCAUCUACAAUACAAACGUUUAUGCCAACAACGAUGGCGAUGUGGAUGAGGUGGAGGACGAAGAAUCUGAUACCGAAUCUCUGGACUCGAACCGAUCUGAUGUUCAGUCGAAUAAAAAUUCACUUGGAAGCAAGAGGAAGGUGCGCGUCCAGAUGCGCAAGGAGUGGGUUAAAAUUUAUAAGGACAAUAACUACAAGGAUUGGCACAACUGGUGGAGGGACUACAAGUGGUGCGGCAGCGAAAUCAACAAGAAGCUGGAGAAGUUUGGCAAUCGCAGUUUGCUCCACCGCUUCAUUCCCGCCUAUUCAAAAAAAGCUUCCACCGAAGAUGUGAUCAAUCAGGUAUUUAAACAUGCGCACAUGGGCAUCGAAAAGAAUACGUUUAGUCACUACCGCAACAUGCGUUCGAUUUUCCUAUUGAUGAACGAAACAUUCCUUGAAAAUUUGUCCGAAGAGCAUAUUGAACAAUUGCAAGACAUGGUCCUUGGCAUUCCAAAUCAUCUGUGGCUGUACAAGAUGCGCAGCAUGAUUUAUCUUUGGGACAGAUACCAUGGCACUCUGAAGAGUCCGGGGCCGAAAAAUGCGCAUACGGUAAAGCAAAUUCAAUCUAUUGCGCGGGAAUGGAAGAAUCCCGUCUUUCACUGGCUGGCCAAACAGGCUUUUGAUGAGCUCAAGGCAAUCAGCGAGAUCGACUGGCCGGACCACAAUAAAAUUUAUCCUGGCUUAAAAUCAUAAAUUAAAUCGUAACACGAUACCCGAACAAUUUUUAACUUUAUGCGCACUAGAUUGUAUACGGAAUAAAAGCCAAAUAAAUCAUGUGUUAAGCUUCUAAAAGGGAAAA